GGAUGGGGAGGCGGGGAAGGCGGCGCCCAACCCCGCGCGCGACGCGCUGCUUUCCGAAGCCGCUGCACGGCUCCUGUGGCUCUACCACGCCGCGCUCCCGCAUCUUAUCGCCGAGACGCGGUUCGACGCGGGCAAGCUUAUGGCGCGGUUCACUACCCCACCCUCAACCUCAACCCCCAUCUCGAGUGCUGAGGAUGCGGAGGGAGGCGCGGGCGGGCUGGGCGUGCUCACGCAGCUGCAUACGCUCCGGCUGUUACACGAGACGGACGAUUUUGUGUGGACGGGCAAGAUCGCCGGCCGCUCGCACCUCCACACGCUCCUCACGCUGUACACCACCACGCCUACACCGGCUCUGCGCGCCGCGGCACGGGGGCUUGUGACGAAGCUGCUGGGGCAGUCUUCGUUGUUCCAGCAUCAGCAUCUACGAUCGGAGCAUGGGGAUGAGGAUGAGGUGGGGGCUUGGCUUGAUGCGAUUCCCAGGCGGGGGCGUAAGGAAGUGGGUGGGGAUGUAGGAGGGGAGGGAGAUGAAGAGGCAGGGGAGGACGGAGGGGGAGGGGGGUUGAAGGAUGAGCGCGCGGCUGUGGCGGCGUUCUUGGACGAGUGCGUGAUGCGGGCGCUGAAGACGCCGUAUCGGUACAUGGACGAUCUCGCUGCACUGUUACACCGCGAGCCCGGCGAGCACCACAGUCCAGAGGAGGAAGAAGGGGGAGGAGGAGAGGAAGAAGAAAACCUCACCCCGCUCCUCGCAACCCUCAUCGAACAGCUCCGCGCGAAGAUCUCCGGUAAACUCCUCAGCGCAUCGGAUAUGCUCGCGCUCGCGACGUACGCGAGGGGGGUCGUGUUUGAGCUUGCGGCAAGGGGACGCAGUUUAAAUGCGCUUGAGAGGGUGGGGAGGGCGAUUGCGGGUGCGUUCGAACAGAUGCGGCCGGUGGAGGAGACAGAGGGAGAGGGGGAGGAGGGGGAGGCGGUGAGAAGGGCCGCGAAGAGAGAAGCACAAAGGGCAGCGAGAUGCGCGGAGCUCAUCGGCCAUGCGCGCCCCGAGGCCGACCAAACUCAAGACGAAGAGGACGAAGACGAAGAACAAACGACAGCCGUCCGGCAGUUCCUAACCACCGUCGAAUCCCUCCCCGCAUCCGAUAUCGACCCGUCCGAGCUCGUGCACUGGCUUCGUCUUUUGCGCUCGCCGCUCGGGGCGCGUGAGCUUGGAAGGGUUGUGCGGCUUAUCGUCGCCCAUGCGGGGAGUGGGGGAGAGGUCGUGCGGGAGAUGUGGGACGCGGUGCCGCUCGAGCGCUCGCCGUUGUCGCGCAAAACUUUUUGGGAGGACGUGGGCGAUGAUAUUGGGGGUACGGCGCCGUUCGGCGUUAUGUUCGUUCAUGCGACGAAGGCGCUGGUGCGCGAUGAGAAGCAUCGGGCGCGGAUGGCGCGGGCUGCGCGCGGAGAGCCGGAGCGGGCUCUGAAUCUUAUAUGCCAUCGGUUGGACGUGUUGAGGAGAGGGAGAGAGGGCGGAGAGGAGGAUGAGGUGGCCGAUUUGGUUUUGCUGCUGAGUGCGAUAUUGGCGGGGGUGGAGGAGAGGGAGGGGUGGAAGGUGGCGUUGUUCGAGAAGGGGGGUGUAAGAGCUUUGUUGGGCGGUACACCCGGUGCUCGAGUCCGUCACGCCUUGACCGAGCUCCUCGCCACGACCCUCUCCCCCCGCUCGCCCGCCGACACCGCGCUCCUCGCGCCCUUCACGGCGCGCGGCGCGCUCGACGGUAUGACGCGCGUCUUCGCGCCGUAUAUGCGCGCGGACGAGGCGCGCGCUAUACUUAGCUUACUCGUGCGCGCUCCGCCGGGGGACGAGGAGGAGGCGAAAGAGUUUGCGGGGGUGCUGGUUAGGACGCUUAGGCGCGCGUUGAGUGUGGAUGCGGGUGCGGUUGAUGCGAGGACGGUCGAAGAGCUGAUCGGGUUGCAUGUAAGGUAUCCGGAUAUGGACGUUGUUGAGCAGGUCAUCGCGUCGGCUUUGUCGGCGUGCGUACCGUCCGGUCUCACCGGCCCUCUUCAAGCACAUUUUGAGCUGGAGAACACGCAGACCACAACGAUCGGUGCACUUGCGAGCACGGCCGAGAACCGCUGGCGCAAUCGAACCGCCGUUCGAGACUGGACACAGAGUGCCGAGAUCUUCCUCCGCCGCGAACCGCAUACAUGGACGGACGAGAGCGUGGCGAUUCUGGAGUGUAUGGCGUAUUUGGACGCCGGAGCGCGGGGGGCGGUUGGGCGGUUCGUGGGGAGUGCGCGGGCGGAGGAGGUCGAAGGGGUGUACCUUGCGAAGCUUUUGCACGCGGUUCUCGAUUCGAGCGACGAGUCUUCCUCCGAUAUGAGCAUUGGAGACGAGCGCGUCGUAAAGCACUUUGGACGCAUACUCGAUGUGGAGGAUACGCAGGAUACGUUGGCGCUUAUUACGAGGCGGUUCCCGGCGCUUGAAGCGGAGUUCGCGCGGGCGCUUAGCGGUCGGAUCGGGAGGCUUUCGAAGAAGAGCUUGCCGGCGGGGCUGGUGUACUUCGCCGAACGGUGGUGCGACGCACAAGAUGGAGAGGCGGGCGAGGCGUGUGCGGCUGUGUUGGAUCACGGGCUACGAUGGGCGGCGCACGCUUUGGCUUCUCCGCAGGCUCUUGACGGCUCGGUUCUGAGCGCGCUGGGGAGAUUGGGGACGCGUGUACCCGUGAAGGCGCAUUUGGUGGAUGUGGUGCUCGCUGCGGUCGUGCAGAAUAGGAUGGACGAUGGUGGCGCGUUGGACUUUGUCGAGGGCUUGGUCGGGCGCGCGCAGAUGAAGCCCGUCAUCGUGAACCGGCAUAUUCAGUCUAUUGUGCAACACGCCGACUUCUACCGCCACAUCGCAUCCUCGUCUCCCUCACGCCGAUCCCUCGUCAACCUCACACACACCCUCUUCCACCUCCACCCCUCCAACACCUGUCAACCGAGCCACAUCCAGCCGCUCGUACCCGCCUACACCGGCUCGCGAAGCCCGUCCGACCGGCGUAUCUUCGGGAUAUUCAGGCUGUACGAGGAGACGCGCAAGGUGUCCGUUGCGCCGCUCUUUGGCCAGCGGUCGGCGGCGGACAGGGCGGGCGGGACGUGUUUGCAGGUUCUGCUCGGGCUGGACGCGAGCCAGGUCUUCCGGACGUGUCUGGCGUUCCCCGCGCGCGCGAAGGAGACGGUGUUCGCGGCGGGAGAGGGCGGCGCGCCGUUCGCUGCGGAACAGGUGUACGAGCCGGCGUUCGUCGUGGCGCUUUUGGGCCAGGCGCUUGUGGGCGAUAUGCCGAGGAGUGCGCUCGAGUGGGUCGCGUUCUUUAGGACGAACGUUGUGUGUGUUGCGAUAAGGUGUUUGUCGAGCGAGGAUGGGGAGAUGCGCGGGGUGGCGGUGGGGUGUUUGGCGGCGGUGCGGAGGCGUAUGGAUGCCGUCGAUAUGCAGGAAGGACCACAGGCGAAAUACGUGCUCGAUCUCUUGAAAGACGCCGUCAAGCUCGAUCCCGAUACCGAGCAUUACACUCGCAUAAACGCUUUCACGACCCUCCUUCUCGCGCACGCGCUCCGCGCCAUCUUCUUCCCCGCCAACUUCAUCUACCCCCUCACAUCGCGCUUCCUCCUGCAACGGCCCGAGCUCGAUACGUCCGACGUGCCGCUGCUCUACAGCAUGCUGCACAGCGGCGCCGAUGAGUGGAAGCGCGAGCGCGCGUGGAUGUUGAAGUACCUCGCGGACGCGAUGCUAGGCGCGGGCCAGGCCGAGUGGGAAGUUUUCCGCCGACGACGCACAUGGGAUCUGCUCGCGAGUCUGUGGCAGAACGACCGCGCCGUGCGCGCCGGCGUGCUCGACGUUCUCGUCAAUCUAACAGCCGGCCGGCAUAUCGUGACGAGCUUGAUACUCAAGUCGGGGCUGUUGGCGUGGGCGGAGAUGGUGCUGUUGGCUGAGGCGCAGGGAGGGCUGGAGAGGGUGUGGUUGGCUGUGUUGGAGAAUGUGCUUAUGGUGGCGGAUGUGGGGAAGCUUGAUGCGGCUACGGGGGGAGAGUGGAGGGCUGCGCUUGGGCGGUGUCUUGCGUUGCUCGUACGACAGCAGGGUCUCGAUCUCGGCGUACUCGUCCUACAGAGCCGAGUACUGCUCCGACUAACACAACUACCCGGUCGUGCACCGCAUGCGCUGGAGGCGAUACUCUCAUCUUGCGUCGACAAACUUGCUAUAUCCGAGCAAAAGAUCAAGCUCGAGCUACCCAUGACGUCCUUCCGCACAAACCGCGCGCCCACCAUGCUCUUGCAUUCGUCUCUCGAUGCGCACAACGAGAAUGAGGACGACGACGUGUCCCGCUGGUGCGACGUCGUCUCGAACUUAUGGAGUGUCUCUAUGACGCUCGGCGCUACGACCGGGAACGCGAGCUGGGCGCGGCUGACGCCUAGAAUGCUUGCGAGGACCAGCCUGCUAGGCGGUGGCGCGAGAGAUGAGGAAGGCGAGUGGGUGAGAAGACAGGUCGUUGCGAGCGUUGAGUCUGGUACCGCCUAG